UGAUGUGAUGCUGUUUUCGGUCGUUUCGUUUCGGUGGCAAAUAAUAAUUGUUAUUAUAAGUUUUAUCCUUGCGUACUAUGUCUAAGAAUUAAGUGCUAGUAAUAAACUUGUUGUGGCUAAAUAUUGUAUAUAAUGGAUGAAAAAGAAGAGUUGCAUCUAACCUCUCAAGAACUUCAAGUUUUGUCAGAACUUGACAGUCGACAAUUUGGAUUUCUGAAGCUGCGUGGUAGUGAGCAUGUCAGAACACGGGCAUUGGUUCUCAAGGCAGUCAAAUAUCUGGAAGGCAUGUUGGUACAAGUUAAGGAAGAGGAAAGAGCUUGUUCACCAGGUGCUAGAAGAGACAUCUGUAUAGAUCCGAAAACAUACUGUAAAUUGGGACAUUUCCACUUACUAUUAGAAGACUAUGCAAAAGCAAUGUCAGCAUAUCAAAAGUUUUACGCAUUGGAACCGGACAAUUGGAAGGAUCCAUUGUUUUUAUAUGGCCUAGGACUCUGCUACUACCACUACAAUGCCUUUGAAUGGGCAACGCGGGCGCUGCAGAUGGCGUUGUACGUGUCGCCGGGGUUCUCGCGCGCGGCGGACGCGCACCUGCGGCUGGCGCUCAUGUUCAAGGCGCGCAGACACUGGGCCGCGGCCGCCGCGCACUUCCGCCGCGCGCGCCUCGCCCCGCACCAGGACGCCACCUUCACUCGCCUCGAGCUCAGCUUCCACGCCGCCCACCUCCUUGAAGCUAGAGGAUUGCGCAAGGCCGCCAGAGAUGCCUACGAGCGUCUUCUCAAGGAACCACAACUCUCUUCGUCCCUGAAAGCAGACGUGUGCAGGCAGUUAGGUUGGCUGUACCAUCGAUGCGUGUCACUGGGCGAGGCGCCGGCACGCGCGCGGGCCGCCGUGUGGUGCCUGCAGCGUGCUGUGGCCGCCGAGCCCGACUCCGGCGCCGGCCUCUAUCUGCUAGGCCGGUGUUUCGCCGCGCAGGGCAAAGUGCAUGACGCCUUCAUUGCGUACAGGAACUCGGUCGAGAAGUCUGAAGGGAAUGCCGAUACUUGGUGCUCUAUAGGAGUUCUAUAUCAGCAGCAGAACCAGCCGAUGGAUGCGCUUCAGGCGUACAUCUGCGCGGUGCAGCUGGACAAAGGUCACUCGGCGGCGUGGACCAACCUCGGCAGCCUGUACGAGAGUUGCCAGAUGGCACGCGACGCGUUCGCCUGCUACAGUAACGGCGGGCCGGCCGCGGUGGCUGCGCACGCGCCGCUACGUCAGCGCCUCGCCUUCCUGCGCGCACACCUCGCGCACGCGCCCAUGCCCUCCGUCACCGGCAAGCGACGUCAGUUACCGUCUAUAGAGGAAGCUUGGAACUUGCCUAUAUCAGCGGAGAUGUCAUCUCGUGCGCCCAAGUCAGCGCCACCUCCAUAUCCUGGCAAGAGAGCGGAGGAAGCACCGCCUCUCAGCCACCAGCAGCUGCAGACGUUACAGUAUCUACAGAGGAAUUCACACAACCUCUCUCCACAGCAACAAGCGCUGAUGCAACAAUUACUAUCACAGUACCGACUGGCGCAGGCGGCGAGAGCGCGUGCGGUUACGAAGACUGAAAGUAGCGCCGGCAGCGGCGGCGAGAGCGCGGAGUCUCUCGCUGAAGAUCUGCUCAAGAAGUUCUCAGACUCACAGACUGAUAUCAAGAAAGAACCUGCCACAACAGAGAACGGUGCUGUGGGCGGGGGCGGCGCGAACGAGGCGGUGCUCGGCGGCCGUCAGCCCGUCGUCAAGCUGGAGCCGCUCAAGACGGACCCCCUCAAGCCUCUCUCCUUCCACAUCGGCAUGAGCUCCAAGCAGAUCCUCGACGCUUGCAAAGAGAAUGCGGGCCCGGCGACGUCGUGGUCGGUGUUGGGAGACGGGUGCGGCGCUCCCGAGCCGCCCGCCGUUCCCGCGCCGCGCCUCUCCGCCGAGCAGCUCGCGCCGCCCGCGCCCUUCGUCUACGUCGAGUCGAAGCGCGACGCCUUCUCGCCUCAGCUGCAGGACUUCUGUCUCAAGCACCCCAUCGCAGUCGUGCGCGGCCUCACCGCCGCCCUCAAGCUCGACCUCGGCCUCUUCUCCACCAAGACCCUCGUGGAGGCGUGGCCCGACCACGCGGUGGAGGUGCGCACCCAGCUCAUGCAGUCCGCCGACGAGAACUGGGACCCGACGGGGCGGCGCCGCGUGUGGGCGUGCGCCAGCCACCGCUCGCACACCACCGUGCGCAAGUACGCCCAGUACCAGGCCGGCUCCUUCCAGGACUCGUUGCGCGAGGAGCGCGAGCGCGGCGCAGUCCCGCAGCACUCCGCCGGCGCGCUCUCAGACUCCGACGGCCGCGAGUCCGGCGGACCCGUCAAGCGCCGCAAGAGCGCCAGGAUGCUGCGCUUCGGCACCAACGUGGACCUCUCGGACGAGCGCAAGUGGCGUCCCCAACUCACGGAGCUGCAGAAGCUGCCCGCGUUCGCGCGCGUCGCCUCGGCGGCCAACAUGCUCUCGCACGUCGGCCACGUCAUCCUCGGCAUGAACACCGUCCAGUUGUACAUGAAAGUGCCCGGAAGCCGGACGCCCGGCCACCAGGAGAACAACAAUUUUUGCUCAAUAAACAUAAACAUCGGUCCGGGAGAUUGCGAGUGGUUCGGCGUACCGGACGCGUACUGGGGCGGAGUGCGCGAGCUGUGCGACCGGCACGGGCUCUCGUACCUGCACGGCUCGUGGUGGCCCGACCCGGAGGAGCUGCGCGCGCACGGCGUGCCCGUGUACAGAUUCACGCAGCGGCCCGGCGACCUCGUGUGGGUGAACGCGGGCUGCGUGCACUGGGUGCAGGCCACCGGCUGGUGCAACAACAUCGCCUGGAACGUGGGCCCGCUCACCGCCAGGCAGUACACGCUCGCCCUCGAGCGCUACGAGUGGAACAAGGUGCAGAACUUCAAGUCUAUCGUGCCCAUGGUGCACCUCACCUGGAACCUGGCGCGCAACAUCCGCGUGUCGGACCCGCGGCUGCACCGCGCCAUGCGCACGUGUCUCAUGCAGACGCUGCGCGCCGCCGCGGGCACGCUGAACGCGGUGCGCGCGCGCGGCGUGCCCAUUAGGUUCCACGGGCGCGCGCGCGGCGAGGCGUCGCACUACUGCGGCUCGUGCGAGCGCGAGGUGUGGCACGCGCUGCUGGUGCGCGAGCACGAGCGCCGGCACGUGGUGCACUGCCUGGCGUGCGCGCGCCGCGCCUCGCCCACGCUGGCCGGCUUCCUGUGUCUCGAGGAGCACCACACGGAGGAGCUGGCGCAGGUGUACGACGCGUUCACGCUGCACCGCGCCGCGCCCGCAGCAGCCGCAGCCGCAGCCGCGGUGGUGCAGACGCCGGCGCUGGUGGCCACGCCGGACUGAUGGCCGGCCGCCUCCCGCCACGACUGGAUCGCUUCCACACUCCCGGAUCUAACGAGUGAAACUUAAUGUAGGGAGCCGAUUUUGAAACGCAGAUCUCGUAUUUAUUCCGCGUUUCCGAUGUAUUUAUAUAUGUAUAAUGUAGAUUUUGCACGAAUGAAUCAGAUAAACCGCUGGAGUACGAAGGUAUCCGGCGCGAAGUUAGUAACUGUUCCUGGACGUGUCUGAUAUCAGCGCGAGUCGUGUCAGUCAAUUAUUAACGUUUUUGCAACAUUUUCUUAUAAAAAUUUUGCACUAUGACCGUAAUAUUUAUAAGUUAGAAAUAACCCAUAUUCACAAAUCUGGUGAUAAUUCUGACUUCAGUUGUAUCAAUGCAAGUAGCGAUGCUGUUCGGGCGACGUCGAUGUACCUGUUUUUACUUUGUGUGAGCGUGUAAUGUAUUUUUAAAGAGUAUGGUUUUAUUUCAACUAUAAUAAUAUUUAGCUGUUUGUUGU